AUGGCGCUGGCCUCGGGGCAGGGAUUGAAUGCCCAAAGGAAAAGUCCAUCGCCGCAGUCUGGGCAGAAGCAGCCAUGGCUGAUGUGCCAGGCAGAGGAGGGGAGCCAGGCGCUGGAACUGGCCCGCAGUGCUGGUGGCUUCGUGCUGGGCUUGGUCCUGGCCAGCCUGUAUGGGGCUCUGGUGCUGCUGGUGCAGGGCCACAACAUCUGGUACUGCCUGGCCACCACCAUCAGUCUGGGAGCAGGGCUGGGGCUGAGCAUGGCCUUCUUCAGCAGAGCACGGAUCACUGUGCUGCUGUCACUGCCCCAAAUCUUCACCAGAGAGGGCAAGGUGCUGAUGCUGGUGCUGGUGCUGGGCAUGGCCGUGCAGGGCCCUUGCACCAACGUCCUGCACAACUUCUCCCGGGCCGCCGAGUCGCUGUCGUGCGGAGCUGAGCUCGCCCUCAAUCAGACGGCCGAGAGGGUGCAAGCUGCCCAGGAGCCGCUGCUGAAUGCCCUGUCUGAAAUCAAGCACAUCGCCCAGAAAGCCAAGACUGUGGGCGACCACAUCCGCAAGUUCUUUCGCUCCAUCAUGGACUCUGUAAGCCACGUUGGGCGAGCGCUGGGCAACGUCUGGACGUGGCUGCUGAACAUGACCGAGAUCUGCAACGAGGAGCUGGGUGCCCCCUACGAGCGCUGCCUGCGCCUUUUUGACGACGCCAAGGAGAACUGCGAGCGCAGCCUCUUCUUCUUCGCCUUCCUCUGCUACACCAUGGUCCCCUUCAGGUCGCUGUGUGGAUUGGCCAAACUUACCCUCCUCUUCUGCGUCAUCCCGCAGUACCUCCAGUCCUUCAUCAAGAAGAACAUCUCAGUCCCCCUGGAGGAAGCUCUGAACAAGGUCCGCCGAGAGUUUGAGUUCAACAUCUCAGCCGUGCACUACUUUGAUGUCCAGCUCAACGCCAGCAAGAGUCUGGGGGAGGUGGCUUUGGACAUCAUGGAGAAUGUGGGCGAGCUCCUGGACCCCAUCCGGGAGGUCCUGGGGCUCUUCACACACCUCUCCUUCUUUGCCAUCCUCUACGUGUACUUCCAGGCGCUGCGAUACCGUCGCCGGUACCUGCAGGAUGACUCCUUCGACAACAUCUACAUCACCAGGCAGUUCGUGGCACUGGACCUGCGGCGGGCACAGCAGGGCAGAGCCACCGUGCUGCCCCUGACCGCCUGGGAGAAUCGCCGCUACAUCCCCCCAGCUGCACCGUGGAUGACACAGAGGGAGCGGAGCUUGUACGGCCUGCAGCUGGUGGGGAUCCUGCGCCACUUGCUGCUGGGGGUCUGCAUCGUCAUGGCUGACUACAGCCUCUUCUGGCUGCUGGAUCUGGUCCAGCACCACCUCCAGGGGGAGAUCGUUGCCAGAGCGCCAGUGGAGCUGGGCAUAAGUGUCAGUGGCACAGGUUAUGCCAGCGACAUCUUCCGGGACCUGGUCUCUGCCUUCGACACGCUGCAGAAGGGCAACAUCUCGGUGCUGUCCCAGCGCUGCCUCCUCCAGCCCUUGGAGCCUGACUACAGCACCUACCUCACUAUGGGACUCCUCUAUGGCAUCUGCCUCUUCAUCACUGUCUUUGGUGGGUAUGUGGCACGACUGCGCCGGGCAGUGUGUGCUGCCUACUACCCUUACCGUGAGAAGGAGCGCAUCUCCUUCCUCCACACUACCAUCCUGGCACGAAGGGAAGUGCUGGCAAAUGCCCUGCACCAAGCUGCCAUGCAGCGCGUGGCCGACACACAGAAAACCAACCCACGCCUCCUCCUCUUCCUCUGUGCCCACAGGCUGCCUGCCUUUGCCUGGCUCGCUUGGCUCUUGGGCAUCCAGCAGAAAUGCCUGGCCUGUGGGAUGGCACAGCAGCCAGACUUCAUCAAGUGCCUCACACCUGGAUGCAAAGGGUUGUAUUGCAGCGAGUGCCACCGAAACCUCAACAACCUCUGCUCCAUCUGCAUGGGCCUCCUGACCUACCCUGACACCGAGGACAGGGAGAUGGACUCCAGCGAUGAGGAGACGAUGGAGCUGUGGUUGGGGGCUGUGAGGACGCUGCGGGGACAGGAGAGAGGGCGGCUGCUGCGGCAACGCAUUCAGGAAGUGGCAAAGGGCCAAGGGGGUGCCCGAAGGUUGCCCUCCAAGCUGGCAGCCCGGCUGCAAGCCCAGCUGAAGCAGGAGGAGAGCGGAGAGAGCGACGGGGGCAGUAGUGGUGUGGACAGCUCAGACGGCUCUUUGCACAGCGUGGACUUCGGCUAUCAGGAGCGGGCAGAGAGCAGUGGCAGCGAGCUGGAGGAGGUGGUGGCGGUGAAGCUGCCCAACAGCGAGGGCAGGGCCCGGUGA